AUGGUCCAGCCAGUUGGACCGCUUCACUGCAGCACCAACCAAAAGUUGCAGCAAAGUCUGAGCAAGGAGAGAAGGAGGUCUCAUCAGCUGCACCAACAACUCAGAGACCAGAUAACUAUUUCAGAGGAACUGGUUCAGCAAUAUUUUCAGCGGGAGGAUGAACUCAACCGCAAGUACCAGGAAUCUGUUGAAGUCAGUGAGCGAAAGAUUCAACAGCUUGAGGAGAAGCUAUCGACUCAAGAGCAGACCACACAGGAUCUGUUCCAUGGACUCACUGAGGAGAGACUUAAGAAUGUGGAGCUUCUAGAGCAGCUGGAGAGGAAGGUCAGGUUCAAAGAUCUCCAGGACCUAGAGAAGAGAGUCAAAGUCGUGCAGCAGGAGCUAAUUGCAAAGGAGAGCUUUCUUCAGGAUAGCAGAGACUGUGAGGUGCGUUUGGAUCAGCGCGUCAGGGAAAUGUGUCAGCAACUGUGUGAGAAGGAACACUCACAAACACAACUGCAAGACAAUGUGACUUCACUCAAACAAGCCGUCAACCAGCUCCAUCUACAACUGAAGGACCAACAGGACCAGUGUCAGCAGAACGAGGCCAGACUGAAGGACCAGUAUGAGCAGAAUGAAGCCAGACUGAAGGACCAGUACGAGCAGAAUGAAGCCAGACUGAAGGCCAAGUAUGAGCAGAACGAAGCCAGGCUGAGGGACCAGUGUGAGCAAAUUGAUGCCAGACUAAAAGAAAAGGAAAAGUACAUUCACCUCCUUAAGAGAGACAUGACCGAGCGCGAGAACUUGUUCCGGAGCCAAUUUCUUCUGCACAAUAACAAGGUGGAGAAGCAGAUAGUUGAGUGCCGUGAGCUCCGGGCUCAGCUGCAACAAGAGCAGCAACUCACACUCAACCUCAAGGGAGAGCUACAUGCACUAAGAGAGGCAGAGCGGUCUAGGCAACACAAAGCCCCCCCGCCUCCUCCUGCAGCGGCUCCUUCUACAGCAGCCCCUCCUGCAGCAGCUCCAUGGAGGCGACUGCUCGGCAGCCUCUCAACAAACUUCCACACACACUGGGUGGAUAGAGGGGAGAGAAGCCAAGAGACUUAA